AUGCUGGCUGUGAAGGGCGGAAAGCCAUGGACCCCGAAGAAGUUCUCCAACGAGAAAGCAAACAUAUUCCAGCUCGUGCCGAAACCCUCCCCCUUCCUCUCCUCAGAGCUUGCGAGACCCAACGCGUCCAAGGUGAAGCUCCUCCCUCUCAUCCUCCUCGAGCUGACGGCAGCGCAGACACAGGCAGAGCCUUCCAGCCGGUUGGUGACCGUUGUAAGGACGGAGGAGGACGCGAGAGCAGCGUUGGAAGUUACCAGGUUGAUGCAGAAGCGGAUGGAAAAGAUCAUCUUCGCCUGCGACACUGAGACCUAUGGCGUUGACCCGACGGUCGAGAGCCCUGUGGAGAAAGGAAGCUGCGCCUGCUUCUCCCUGUACGGGGGCCGCUACACAACCGCACGGAGAGGAAAAGGGAAGAGCAACAGGCUGUGGGUGAACACGCUCGGAGAGGAGGGAGAGAAAGUGCUGGCGGUGUUCAAGGUCUGGUUCGAGGACGAGCGGUUCAAGAAGAUCUUCCAUAACUGGAGCUUCGACAGUCACAUCCUCCGCAACCACGGCAUCACUGUGCGAGGGUUCGCGGGCGACACCAUCCACAUGGCUCGACUGUGGGAUGCGAGCAGGUUGUCGACAGGGAAGGGGUACAAGCUGUCGGUGCUGUCAAACGAGCUGCUGGGGUGGGGGAAGACGGAGAUGAAGGAGGUGUUCUCUGUAAGGAAGCUCAAGAAGGAUGGAACCCCAGGCAAGGUUCUGAUCCUACGAGACUCCUGCUCCAUCCAGACCGACGACGACCCCAAGAUCUUCCGCAAGUGGGUCCACUACUCCACCUACGACUCGCUGUGCACGUGGUAUCUGUACUACAAGCUCAGGAAGGAGCUGGAGGAGAUGAGCUGGAGCCCGGACCUCCUGCUCUGCAUGUUCCAGUUCUACGAGAGGUUCUGGAAACCCUUCGGAGAGAUUCUGACGGACAUUGAGAGGACGGGCAUCUUCAUCGACCGGGAUUACCUCCGCCAGCAGGCUGCCGCUGCUGAGAGGGACAAGGAGGAGAAGCUGGCAGGAUUCCGGAGGUGGGUGGGAAAGCUUUGUCCGGAUGGGAUCUACAUGAACACGAGGAGCAACUUGCACAAGAAGCACCUCCUCUUCUCCUCCAAGCGCGGGCUGGCGAAGGCUGUGGAGGAGGCGGAGGAGGAGCACUACAAGACCUUCACCAUCGACAACACUGAAGGCUUCCUCGAGGAGGGGAGAAGUGAACCCAGAGCCACCCGAGAGAUCAGACUCAAGGGCCUCGGCCUCUCUCCUGUCUCCUACACCCCCGCUGGACAAGCGUCGACCUCAGGGAGCGUCAUCUCAACCCUAGCUGGGAAGCCCUUCGCCGAUCCUCCGCGGUACGGGACAGCCUUCAAGGACCUUGGGGAGGGAGACUUCGGCAAGGAGGUCUGCGAGGCCCUUGGCUUCCUCCUCGAGUCGGAGAACGUGGAGAAGCUUCUGAGCACUUUCCUCAUCCCCCUGCCGGAGAUGACGGACCAGCACGGCAGGAUACACACGGCCCUCAACCUCAACACCGAGACUGGCCGCCUCUCCUCCAAGAGGCCCAACCUGCAGAACCAGCCUGCCCUCGAGAAGGAUGUUUACAAGGUCUCCUCGCUUCCUCCCUCCCUCCCUCCCUCCCUCACCACCACUAUGUCGACUGCAAUUACUCCAGCUCUGGGGGAUGUGGUGCCGUUGGCUUUGUUCGUGUGUAGCUGUGCCUGCUCGCAUGUACUUCCUCCCUCACACGGCAAACAAAAAGAUAGUCCCUUUAUUUUACUUUUCGAUCUGUGUGCGAAUUUGUUUGUAUUUCAAUGUAGCUGGUCCUCCCUCCUCCUCCCUCCUCCUCCCUCCUCCUCCUCCCUCCUCCCUCCUCCCUCCUCCCUCCUCCCUCCUCCCUCCUCCCCGCUCUCCUCCUCCUCCUACAUCGUCGGGCUGGCCAAGGACUGGGGGGUCACGCAGAAGGAGGCGCAGGAGACGAUCAAGGCCUGGUACAACGCGAGGAAGGAAGUGCAGGACUGGCAGGAGGGAGUGAAGAAAAAGGCGAGGAGGGUGGGAUACACAGAGACGCUGCUGGGGAGGAGGAGAAACUUGGCAGACAUGCGGAGCAACAACACUGUUCUUCGAGGGCACGCAGAGAGAGCUGCCAUCAACACGCCGAUCCAAGGAGGAGCGGCAGAUGUCGUUGUCAUGGCGAUGCUGAACAUCUGGAGGAACGAGGAGAUCAGAGCAAGAGGAUGGAAGAUGGUGCUCCAGAUCCACGACGAGGUCAUCCUUGAAGGACCAGAAGAUCAUGCUGAAGAAGUUUUUCGGAUCGUCAAGAAAUGCAUGGAAAAUCCCUUCCCUCGCCCCCUCCUCGUCGACCUUCCGGUGAUCCUGGAGAGAAAAUGGGGAGGGCGGAGGAAGAAAGCGAGUGGACGUGGAACUCACGGCUGUGCUAGGUUGACGGAGCGAUAG